AUGAAUUCCGGAGAUGCGCUGAACGUGUCGGAAUUCCAAUUUAUGCGGCUGAUAUAUGCUCCUGCCACGAUUCGCGUCCCUCGAUUGACCUUCAUUUCCACCCUUUCCAACAUCUUAUCACUUGCGACUCAGCGUCCUGCAUGGCUGGCGCAACUCUGGGAUUUUAGUCGACUCCUCCGUCCCGAUCACCUCCUUUCCACCUCCUCCCCCCCACUACGCGCCCAGCUAAGGUCUGGUAGUUUCCCACACUACGCUCCUGUACGCCUUCUGGUUCGCCCACGUCCCCCCGACCAGCUUAUCCCUCGACUGCUAGUCCAGGAACCAUGCCUUCGAUCUCGCGAUUUUUCACUAGCUCCGUGCUCUUUUUCCCGAUUUCUCAUUCAACCCGCGCUACGGGUGGAAUCGUUUAAGAAGACAGUUUCGAAACCUCCAACUGCUGCAGCAAGCGCUGAUAUUCGUCCUCGUUUCCCAAUCGUCGUGCCUCCCUCCGUGCUGUAUCCGCUCGCUCGGCGCUUCGAACUGGCUUCCACCACCACCAUUGGCUCCGAGUCGCUGAUGCUCCUUGGACGCUCAGGAACACCAGGAACAUCAGGAACAUCAGGAACAUCCAAUUUAAACCUGCUACACCACCGCGGCUAA